AUGGCCGAAGACAACACACGAGAUACUUCAGUUCAAAUCCUGCCAAACAAAGAGUGGCUAUCUCGGGCACAAGGGCUCGUCCCACGAGUUGUAGCCAUAGCGAAAGAGGUAAAAGUGUUCCCUCAAAAGUGGAAGCUGAUAAUCUCAAGAUUACAGCGCAUCCCAUCUUCUUUGUCGGACCUUUCCACCCACCCUUGCUUUUCCAAGAGUCUGCUCUGUAACGAGCAGCUCCAAACCAUCACCCUCACGCUGCAAGAAACAAUAGAGCUUGCAAAAUCGUGUCUGGACGCAAAGUAUGAAGGAAAGCUCAAAAUGCAAAGCGACCUCGACUCUCUUAUUGGCAAGCUCGAUUUAAGCCUUCGUGAUUGUGGGCUCUUGAUCAAAACUGGCUUAUUAGCCGAGGUUACUCGUUCAUCAGAGGCCACAAAUAACGAAAAUGUUAGAGAGCUGUUUGCUCGUCUUCAAAUUGGAGAUAUGGAGUCUAGGCAAAAAGCACUCGAUAGUCUUGUGGAUAUAAUAAAGGAAGACGAGAAGAAAUUGUUUGAAAUAAUGGGACGAACCCACAUAGUGGCUUUGAUCCGUUUGCUCACCUCUACUACUUCAUUGAAAAUAAAAGAAAAGAUUGUCACGGUUAUUUUCUCGUUAGCCGAAUCUGGAAUUUUUGACAGUUGGCUCAUCUCUGAAAGUGUUCUUUGUCCUCUCAUAAAGCUCGUUGGCUCCGGUAGUUCAUUUUGUAAAGAAAACAUCUGUAUUAUUCUCAAGAGACUAUCCGUGUCCUCCAAAGCAUCUCGUUCGAUAGUUGAUAAUGACGGAACCAAGCCUCUGAUCGAGAUCUGUGCCACUGGGGAUUCCGUUUCACAAGCUGCGGCCGCUUGUACCUUGAGGAAUAUAUCGGUUGUCCCGGAGCUAAGGCAAAAACUCGGAGCACAAGGGAUUGUGAAGACAAUGGUUUCCCUUCUGAACCAUGGGAUCUUGCCAGGUUCGAAAGAGUAUGCAGCCGAAUGCUUGAAAAAUCUCACUUUAGACAACGACAUUUUAAAGAAAUCGGUCGUUACAGAAGGCGGGAUCACGAGUUUGCUCAAGUACUUAGACAGGUCCUCGCCUAAAGAACCUGCGGUCGAGGCAUUAGUAAAUCUAACCGACUCGAAUUUUACGGGUAAAUUAAUUUCCUUGGGCAUUUUGACGAGAUUAGCAAACGUGCUCAAGAUGGGCUCGCCUAGCGCCCAACGGGCGGCUGCCUCCGCGAUUUGUCGAGUUUGCACUUCGGACGAGACGAAAAUGCUCGCAAACGAAAACGGGUGCAUUGCUUUUCUCGCCAAAAUGUUGGAGGCUAAGGAUAACGAGACGAGGGAGGCAGGCGCACGCGCGCUCGCCAACUUGAUGACAGUCUCGAGCAACUGUAAAGAGGUUUUUAAGAGGGGGGAGAAAAGCGUGGCGUGUUUGGUGGGGUUGCUCGAUCCAAGUCCACAUAAUGGCGCGAAAAAAUACGCGGUUGCUUGCCUCGUGAUGAUGUCGUCGAGCAAGAGGUGUAGGCGGGUGAUGGUCUCGUAUGGGGCUGUCGGUUAUUUGAAGAAGCUGGUUGAUAUGGACGUUGAUGGUGCAAAGAGGUUGCUUGAGAGGCUAGAAAUGGGGAGAUUUGAGAAGUUUGUUCACCAACUAAGCAGUAGUCGAUAG